ACGCCACGGAAUGCUCCACAACGUGCGGAGGUCUCCUAGCAACCUUCCUUAGGAAUUCUGCCUGGCCCCGGUUAGAGAGUGAGCUGAGGCCCGGAGAUUGAUGAGUUUGCCCUGGGAGCCAGCGAGAAGGUGAAACCAGGCGAACAUGGGUCAGAAGGUCACCGGAGGGAUCAAGACUGUGGACAUGCGGGACCCCACAUACCGGCCCCUGAAGCAGGAGCUCCAGGGCCUGGAUUACUGCAAGCCCACCCGGCUGGACCUGCUGCUGGACAUGCCCCCCGUGUCCUACGACGUGCAGCUGCUCCACUCCUGGAACAACAACGACCGCUCACUCAACGUCUUUGUGAAGGAGGACGACAAGCUGAUCUUUCACCGGCAUCCGGUGGCCCAGAGCACAGAUGCCAUCAGGGGCAAAGUCGGGUACACGCGCGGGCUGCACGUGUGGCAGAUCACGUGGGCCAUGAGACAGCGGGGCACACAUGCCGUAGUGGGGGUGGCCACAGCAGACGCCCCCCUGCACUCCGUGGGGUACACGACCCUCGUGGGGAAUAACCACGAGUCCUGGGGCUGGGACUUGGGGCGGAACCGGCUCUACCAUGAUGGCAAGAACCAGCCGAGCAAAACGUACCCGGCCUUUCUGGAGCCGGACGAGACGUUCAUUGUCCCUGACUCCUUCCUUGUGGCCUUGGACAUGGAUGACGGGACCCUGAGCUUCAUUGUGGAUGGACAAUACAUGGGAGUGGCUUUUCGGGGACUCAAGGGCAAAAAACUGUAUCCUGUAGUGAGCGCCGUCUGGGGCCACUGUGAGAUCCGUAUGCGCUACUUGAACGGACUCGAUCCCGAGCCCCUGCCGCUCAUGGAUCUCUGCCGUCGCUCGGUGCGCCUGGCCCUGGGGAAGGAGCGCCUGGGUGCCAUCCCUGCGCUGCCGCUGCCUGCCGCCCUCAAGGCCUACCUCCUCUACCAGUGACGCUCUGCCCCAGGACUGCUGCCCGACCGCCACCUGGUGCCAACUCACUGAGCCACCGGGGCCACCGCACCCUGCGCCUGAGACCGCAGCCUGCGGCCACGGACAGAAGUGCCUACUCUUCCUCCUCGUCCUGGCUGCCUCUGCCAGACCUGGACAGAUGCUGGCUGGGGCUCCUCUCCCCGUCCCCGGGGCUGGCAGGGGGCAGCGUCCCGGCAGGCAGGAUCGCAGCCCCUCCUUGAAUCCAGACGCAGAGAAUAAACUCUACGAAAGCCACGUGGAGCGCCUGUCUGCUGCGGGGGCAUGGUUUGCUGUCCACACCUCUGGGGAAAGGCUGCAGCCCCCGGGGGGUCCCAGGUGGCGGAGCUGGCAGGAAGUGCCAGGGCUCGAGGGCAGAUAGCAGGAGUGGGAAGGGCAGGGCCAGGCUUGCACAUGCAGCUCAGGAUACCAGACGCCAUGGACCCGAGGCAGAAGCUGAGGUCGGACCUGCCACAGGCAGAUAAGCACCCAGCACCCAUCCCUGUCAGCACCCAUCCCCUGUAUUUAUUCUUUUAACCAUAACAAAGGUCGUUUAUUUAUUCCAUUUGGAAAGGAAACCUCGUUUCGGUCACCUCUCUGGCGCGUUCUGUUGCCUUUCCCCCAGCUGCUGCCUCCCCAGGAUGUGUGUGUCGCACCUGUCCUUCCUGGGCCGUGCCCGUGGCGUGGUGCCCUGGUGCUCAGGCACAGAGUGUCUCUGUUGUAGUUCCCUCGUUUCCUGAAGCUCCACGCUGAGUCCUCAAGCAGGCCCCUCAGAGAGACUUAGCCUCACGUGCAAUAGGAGUGUCUUAGGGAGCCCACCUGAGAGGGCUGUGCCGGUCCCCAGGUCCCCAGGUAGCCACUUACCUCUUGAGUUCAUAUAUCGUUGCACAUGUUUGGAUUUCUUUUGUUGUCUAUGAUUUUUUUUUUUUUUUUUUUUUUUUUGGUGUGGGUUUGAUUUCGCAUCUGCUUUUCUAGAUGAGAUUUCCCAAGUGCAUCCUCAGAAGCUCUGUGUCCCAGAGGACCCCAGAAUAAAGAAAAGGAGUGAGAGGGUCCCCACCCCUUAGAAGCCACAGGCAGGGCAGGGUGGGGAGAGCAGGCGUGGGGUCCACCUCACGAAGCCAGUGUGAACCUCUGCUCAGCACCUGCCUGGGCUCCAGGCCCACAUGCAGGAGCUCCUCUCCCCCAUGACCCCAAGGGUGGUGAAGGGUGGCCAGCAGCAGGAUGCCUGUCCCCAGCAACGCCCCCGUGUGGUGUCCCAGCACCUUUUGUCUUGAAACCAACUCCCUUGGAGUCUGAGCUCUGUUCUUUCUGCACAGGUACAAUAGAUGACUUUAUUUGUUUGAAAUGUUUAAUAUAUAUGCAUAUAUAUUUGUCCAUAAGAAUUAUGUUUUAAGCAGCUGCUGUAGGGUACCUUUUUUUAAAAAAAUAAAAUUCUUCCAGUGGAGUUUAUUUUUUAAAGCACAAAACUGGUGCCAAGACUGGGUGAGGAAUGUAAAUUACCCCCUGAAUAUUUGAGGGUUUUUUUUUUUUUCCUUUUGGGGAAGGGGACCUUAGCUGUCGGGCUCUUGAAGAUUGCUCUCGUUUCAGGGUGGGUCACAUUCUGACACUCUUGCACAUGACAGAGGUUCACUUGUACAGGCUCCAGCUUGCUUCCUUGACCAGUGUCCCCCGUGGGUGCUGAUGGAUGCGGGCUCUCUGCCUCCCUGGCCUUCACUCCCUCCACCCACCUUUCUCUCCUCUCAGCCCAGAGCCUUGUGGCGUGUAUAGUUUUGAAACUCCCGUUCUAUUUUAUGAUGGUUCAUAAUAGCCAGUAACCUAAUAAAAGAAAGUUUGUUAAAAUAAGAAA